AUGACUUUGAGAGAUAUCAUGAGACAAGAAGAUGAAAGCAACAUGAACAAGCCAUUUGACAGUAAGGUUGUAAUUCUUUGUGGUGACUUCAGACAAAUUCUUCCGACCAUUCCAAAAGGGGGUAGGCAAGACAUCGUAUCUGUUGCGGUAAAUUCUUCUGAUCCUUGGAAGCUCACUAGAAACAUGAGAUUAGGAAUGACAAGUGAAAAUCCUCUUCUCGAUUUCAUUGACUUCACGUUCCCCAAUCUAUUUCAAAACAAGAAGAAUGACAAGUUUUUGGAGGAACGAUGCAUAUUGUGCCCUACCUUGGAAUCUGUUGAGAAGGUUAAUGACUUUAUCCUUGAGUUACUUCCAGGUAAUACUAUGGAUUACUUGAGCUCCGAUAGCACUUUCAAAUCAUAUGAGGACCGAGUUCUUAAUUUCUCAUGCUUCGGAAUUCCGAAUCAACAAAUAACUUUGAAGAAAUGUGGUCCUUUAAUGCUUUUGAGAAAUAUAGAUCAAGCAACCGGUUUAUGCAAUGGGAAGUGA